UCAAUGUUGACUUAUAUCAAAGUAAUCCCCUGAGUAUUUUUAUAAAAAAAAAUAAUUUUUCUCAAUAAUAAACGGAAAAAUAAAAACAAGACCGAAACAAGUAUAAAUACACGACAAUUUAAUAAUCUUUCGUACAUUCCACUUCACGUCAAGCGACUAGCAACAUCUAAAAUGAAAUACAUUUACAUUUAUUUAAUCGUGUGCGUAGUUGCCAACGCUUACAAUUCCGCCGCAGAAGAAGUUUUGCUUUCUAAUACCAACAAAAUUUGCGCGUGUAAAAACAACUUGAACGAUAUCCUCAAACAAAUCGCCACCGAAUAUUCUAACCUCGAAGAACUCAGCGAUGAAUUGGACGAUCUAGAAUCGAAACUGAAAGAUCUUGUAAACAAAGUUGAUAAUCAAGGUGAUCAGUUGAGCGAUAUCGAGAAACAUUUAGCGAUCGUGGACGUUCUACAGAAAGCCGUUCUCCAAGCACUCAACGAUCAAUCAUCUGUAUUCGAUUCUAUCACCGAAAAUGUCAAAAAUCUCGACAAAAACAUCAACGAAGUGCGUGACAACGCCAACGAACAAGCCAACGCCGUGGAAGAUCUGAGCACCAGCGCUUGGAAAAUGUACGAUUGUAACAACGAAGAUUUAUGUAAAGCGAGUUAGGUUUUAUUGAAAAUGAUAUAUCUAGAAUAAAGAUUUUUUGAAUCUA